GGGGGCGGGGCGGAAGUGGCCUGGUGUUUACGUUGGGGUAGGGAGAUGAAAGUGGGAUGGCCAUGUGUUUGGAGGAAAUGUCCAGAACAGGCAAAUCUAAAGAGGCCAUAAUAAGGUUUGUGAUUACCUUGGAUGGAGGACGAGAACAGGGAGUAACUGCAAAUACAACAGGGCAUCUUCAGGGAGUGAAGGAAAUAGAAAAUGUUCUGGUGUAAUGAAGAGUCAAUUUACUAAAAAUUAACAGAAGGUGAAAUAACUCAAAAUGGUGAAAUCUCUUAUGGCAUUGAGCCAUUUCCAGAUACCUGUGGAGGAAUUUGAGGACAGAGUGUUUGUUAGUUGCAAUACCAGCAUCACAUGGCUUGAUGGAACAACAGGGACAAAAAGAGAAAAUGGUGCCCUUCUGGACCUGGGAAAACGCCAUCUGGAUCCACGAGGAUUGUAUAAGUGUUUGUUGGACAAGAAAGAUUCUACUGUGCAAGUAUAUUAUCGAAUGUGCCAGAACUGUGUGGAGCUGGACUCUGCCACCCUUGCUGGCAUCAUUGUCACUGACAUCAUCGCCACCCUGCUCCUUGCUUUGGGAGUCUACUGCUUUGCAGGACAUGAGACCGGAAGGCUCUCUGGGGGGGCUGACACUCAAGUUCUGUUGAAGAGUGAACAGCUUUAUCAGCCCCUCCGCAAUCAUGAGGAUGCUCAGUACAGCCGUCUUGGAGAAAACUGGCACCAGAGCAAAUGACCUCAAGACUGGUAGCUUCUAGAAGCACAUUGUUAACUGUACCAUUCCUCCUUGCUUGGCCAAUAAAGA